UAGUUCGGUCAUAUAGCUUUUUAUUAGAAAUAAUUCUAUAAAAGAAAUGUCACAUAGUGAUAAGUAUAACUUAAUGCACAUAAAAACUGAGGAACAUAAACCAAAUGAUACACAAGCAGAUUAUGAAAGGAAAUUUCAAUAUUCUCUAAAUUAUAUACGUUAUUUGAUAGGGCCAGACUCUUCCACAGUAUCAAAACCGGAAAAGAAAGACACGGAAUGGCCGCUAUAUGAACGACGUUUUGAGGCUAUGAGAAAUUAUAGUUCAUCUAAUGAUUAUGGACCUAUUUUCAAAAAGAGAGUAGUAAGGGAGUGCGAAAGAGCCAAGAGUGGGAUAUAUAUCAGCGCCAUGUCAAAGUGUGAUCGUUGUGGAAAAAAUCUUUAUGAAGAUAACCAUUUUGUGUAUGACUUAACUGAGUCAAAGAAAGUGAUAUAGAAUAUCAACAUUAUCCUGACUGUCCAAGAGAGAAGAACUAUAUCAUAACGAUUAUAAUUAAAUCAUAAAAACAUUAAUUGCGUGCUCGAUAUACAUGUAUAUCCAUAUAAUCUUCCAGUACCAAUUAAUAUAGAUAGAUUUUUUGGUAAUUUUGAAGUAAUUUUUGUCAUUAUAGUGCGAUAAGCAUCUGAACUCGUUCAAAUAUAUGUUUAAUAAUUUUCGUUUAAGCUUGGGCUUAAG